UUAACUCCAAGUGCAUUUUCAAUGAGGGGAUUUCUCCUUUGAUUGGAGAAGAUAAAGUUGUUUUCAAUCUCUGUUGGGUAUUAAAUGUCUUGCCGCCCAGGGGGGUAUUUCUGAGUCGUAUCGCUUCCUGUUUGUUGUCAUGUCGCACUGUGGCCGAUCAUGACGGCAGAGAGUGAAAGUGACGCCCGACGGGAGGGUGCACUGUGCGGCCAGUGCGAAGUGAGCACCGGUGGCGCUUAAAUCUUUUAUCUGAAGAAUGGCCGCUGCGGUGAUAACAGGACUCCCGUGUCCCCACUAGCUCCUUGUCCUUAUUUACUCCAAGAAAACGUUAUUUGCAUCGCUCGAGAAAACAAAUCAACGGGGAUCCGUGCUCUGCAGCGCGCAAUGACAGCUCCGGGACCAGCGGCGCAGUCGGUGCGCUCUGGCUGAAAGCAUCCAUCCAGCGUCUGCAGUCGGUGCUGCUCUCCAUGCCUCCAAGCGUCAGCUGUCUGCAGUCAUCGGCGAAACCCAUUGCAAUGAAACCGUUAUAACCCUGUCUGCUUUUACUUUUAGUUGGUUUCACUUUUUCCUCAUUUUCCCACCGGGAUAGAAAAAGAAGAAGAGAAACAAGGCGAGAAACGCAAGUUUUGGCGUGUGUGUCGCACUGGAGGGGAGGAAGAGAUGGCAGCCCCGGUGAAAGCAGCGCUGGCUCUCCUGGUUCUCACCGUGGCAACUGCCUUGUGUGCGGAGGUCGAGGAACGACUGGUGAGUCAACUCUUGUCCCCAGAGCGCUACAACAAGCUGAUCAGACCGGCGGUCAACAACAGCCAGCAGGUCACCAUCUACAUCCAGGUGUCUCUGGCCCAGCUGAUCAACGUGAACGAGAGGGAGCAGAUCAUGACCACCAACUGCUGGCUCAGCCAGGUGUGGAAUGACUACAGAUUAAUGUGGGAACCUGAACAGUAUGAGGGAAUCAAGAAAAUUCGGCUUCCGUCACAACACAUCUGGCUCCCGGACAUCGUUCUCUACAACAAUGCCGAUGGGACGUAUGAAGUGUCCUUCUACUCCAAUGUCGUUGUCUCCAACAAUGGCGAGGUGGCCUGGCUCCCGCCGGCCAUCUACAAGUCGGCCUGCAAAAUCGAAGUGCGUGAUUUCCCUUUCGACCAGCAGAACUGCACCCUCAAGUUCCGCUCCUGGACCUACGACCACACGGAGAUUGACCUCAUCCUCCUCAGUGAUUUUGCCUCACGUGACGACUUCAAACCCAGCGGCGAGUGGGAUAUAGUUUCCCUGCCUGGACGCAAGAACGAAGACCCUAAUGACAUCAGGUACCUGGACAUCACCUAUGACUUCAUCAUCAAGAGAAAGCCUCUCUUCUACACCAUCAACCUGAUCAUCCCCUGCAUCCUGAUAACGUCGCUGGCCAUUCUGGUGUUCUACCUCCCGUCAGACUGCGGUGAGAAGAUGACUCUCUGCAUCUCGGUCCUCUUGGCCCUGACUGUGUUUCUACUCCUCAUUUCAAAGAUUGUGCCGCCCACGUCUUUAGCAGUGCCUCUGAUUGGAAAGUACCUGAUGUUUUCAAUGGUGCUGGUCACCUUCUCCAUCGUCACCAGCGUUUGCGUGCUCAACGUGCACCAUCGCUCCCCCAGCACACACACCAUGCCUCCUUGGGUCAAGCGCGUCUUCCUGUAUCGGCUCCCCUCUUACCUCUUCAUGCGGCGGCCCGGUAGCUCGAACAUCCGCGAGAAGUUCCGCAAAAAACACCAGCAGCGGUCGUACUCCGACCUCAGGCUGCGUGGAGCGGACGGAGGAGCGGGAGGUCCUGCGGGGAUGGCAGAUUGCUCCUCGUCCUUCUUCGUGAACGAGGAUUCGGCCAAACGCUACGGCUGGAGGAUCAGCGACUUGCCGGAGAACACCGAGUUCAGGAAGAGGAUGACGCUCAAGUCCAACAUUGACACGGAGGACGCGGUGGACGGAGUGCGCUACAUCGCCGAGAAGAUGAAGAGCGAGGACGAUGAUGAAGGGAUCAUUGAAGACUGGAAGUACGUAGCCAUGGUGAUCGACCGUCUCUUCCUGUGGAUCUUCGUGUUUGUGUGUGUGGUCGGGACGCUGGGCCUCUUCAUGCAGCCUCUGUUCCAGAAUUACAACACUCCCAUUGUUGAUUAAACGGACUGCAGCAAAAAAAGCUCAAAGGUCAUCAUGAACUUUGAGUGCCGCCAUAGAAACAGAGCUCUGAUUUGGACACACGUACUCACAUGUCUGCCUCGCCGCACACGCUCACUGGGAAACUAUAAUGAUGCACGUUAGCCUUCCUCCUCCACC